CUCACUUCUGUGAUUGAUUUUGAGAGGCUAAUGGUGCGUAAAAGCACUGGUGAGAUCUGGGGGCGCCUCCUCGACUGACGUCAGAGAGAGAGUUUAAAAGGGGGAGACCGUGGAGAGCUCGAUAGCGGCUGAAGGAGAGGCUACCCGGAGCCGUUGCUGCUGCUGACGACCCGCGACCAGACUGACCCACCGCGCUCCAACUCGGCUGCCUGUGGCCGCAGAGAUGCUGUCCUGCCGCCUCCAGUGCGCGCUGGCCGCGCUCUGCAUCGUCCUGGCCUUGGGCGGUGUCACCGGCGCGCCCUCGGACCCCAGACUCCGCCAGUUUCUGCAGAAGUCUCUGGCGGCUGCCGCAGGAAAACAGGAACUGGCCAAGUACUUCUUGGCAGAGCUGCUCUCGGAACCCAACCAGACAGAGAAUGAUGCCCUGGAGCCCGAGGAUCUGCCCCAGGCAGCGGAGCAGGACGAAAUGAGGCUGGAGCUGCAGAGGUCCGCCAACUCGAACCCAGCCAUGGCACCCCGGGAACGCAAAGCUGGCUGCAAGAACUUCUUCUGGAAGACGUUCACAUCCUGUUAGCUUUAGUAUUGUUGUCUCAGCCAGACCCCUGACCCUCUCUUCCAAACCCAAUCUCUCUUCCUUAACCCCCAUCCUCCCAAUGCUCAACUAGACCCUGCAUUAGAAAUUGAAGACUGUAAAUACAAAAUAAAAUUAUGGUGAAAUUACGAAAA